GACUUGAUAGAGAAAUGUUUCAGACUAAGACAGGACAGCCGGCUGAAAUCAGCUGUAAACAAAUAAAAGUGAGGCGUGGAGGUUGAUCUCUGAGCUGCAGCAGCAGCGCUGGAUUAAAGCCGGUUACUUCCUGCAGACAGUUUGGCCUCUCCAGCAGCUCGUAGUUUGGCUGCCAUCCAAAAACACUGAUAGUGUCUGAACUGGUGUGUGUCUGAGUGUGUGCGUCCUUGUGAGGGUAAACUGAGGCAACACGGCCACACAUGAACCGCUUGAUGAAAGUUCCCCUUCUGGCCGGCAGAGCCUUCAGCAGCUCGGCCCGGCAGAUGAAGAAUAAAGUCCCCGAGGCCCAGAAGCUCUUCCAGGCAGACAAUGGACUGCCAGUUCACGUCAAGGGAGGAACCACUGAUGUCCUGCUGUACCGAGCAACCAUGACGCUAACCAUCGCAGGAACCUGUUACUCUCUGUACUGGCUGCUCGUCGCCUCGAUGCCUCAGAAGAAGGCGUAACAACCAAGUGAAGGCUCGGCCUCUCACAUCUGAAUGUUUGUUGUGUGGGAUUCACCAUCCGUCCUUCAGCGGGGCGACGAUGCUUCUGUACAAACUACAUCAAAUUAAACUUUCCACUUUUCA